CGACGGCGCUAGAGGGUCUGUCGUUUUCCCAGUAAGAUAGAACGGCUUGCUGUCUCUCUGAAGUACAUCAUUCGUGUUAACUACGGCGCAUGCGCCAAUCAAGUACACUCUGUACAGCCUACAACGUACUGCCAAAUGGACGCUGCUCAGAUAGAUGAGAGAAUUAGAAUUUACUAUCAAGAGGGAAAACCUUUGAAGGUGAUUCUAGCGUAUUUGGCUGCGAAUCACGUUGUUCGGAGUAUGAGCUGGCUGAAGCGAAAGACUAGAGUUCUUGGUCUUCGAAGAAGAAACUGUAGCUGGGAUCUACUAGUACUGCCUGACAUCUUGCAAGCAAUGCAGAUAGAAAUUGAGCGGUGUGGGAGAGGUGCUGGUUAUCGGUCUCUCUGGAAGAGAUUAAAGGAUCGUCAUGGGCUAGCAGUACGACGGGAUAUCUUAAUGACAUUACUAUCAAUUAUGGAUCCGGAAGGAGCAAAAUCUAAGAAAGAUCGACGACUGAAGCGCAGAGUUUAUGUAAACGAGGGUCCAAAUUAUGUUUGGCAUACAGAUGGCUAUGACAAGUUCAGUUCUUUUGGGAUUUACAUACACAGUUGUAUUGAUGGGUAUUCCAGAAAGAUCUUGUGGAUGAAGAUUUCCCCCACAAACAAGGAUCCAAGUGUUGUUGCUGAAUAUUAUCUUGAUGUUGUUGGAGAUAUUGGAGGAUGCCCUAGAGUGCUUAGAUCUGAUCAUGGCACUGAGAAUUGUCAUCUAGCUACUGCACAAAUUACUUUUCGCUUCUAUGGUACUGAUGCUUUAGCUGCUGACAGAAGCUUUCGUUAUGGAAAUCUACUACAAACACAGUAUUUGGAGCAAGUGUUUAGAGUAACUGCUAAUGUUUCUGUCUGAUAUCUGUGUAUGAAGAGAAUAGAAGGAUGAUGGUCCCAGCUGCGAACACAAAAUGACUGACAAAUGGAUACUAUUGUUUUAGCAACUGUCGGAAGAAGGCAAGUAAUUGCUAAAGACAUCCUUUUCGUGUGGUGUAUGUAGGACAUGUUUUUGGUUUGUGUUCACUCAAGCUAUGGAGGCAGAGUUAGACUAUUUUACUCAUUGGUGGAAUACGCAUCACAUGCGGAAAACACACACAGCUAGCUGUCCUGGUGGAGUACCAGAAGAUAUUUUUGCUCUUCCUCAGCU